CUCACGUGACACGUCGUUCCUCGACGUUCCAGGGCGUACGGUUUCGUGACGAGAGAGAUCGGCCCCCAUCGCGCCCCCCCACCCCCCUUUGACGCAUCGCGAGGUAUUCCGCGGACGGUGUUGGGACGAUUUUUUAUUCCUCUCCCUGAUUUUUCCCGGGGUCCGUUUCCCGGGGCUGGCACGAGGAGGACGAUCGGCGAUUGUAAUUAGGCGUACUAUACCCCUCCUGCGCUGCGGACAGACUCUCGUCAGUAAUGUCGGACGUACGGCGACGUCGUAAGUCCAGCCAGUCGUGCGGCUCCGACGAUCUCUCGGACUCCUACGAGGAGCUGAACGCGACGAAGGAGACUCAGAGUAGCGAACAGACUGAUGGCCAUCAAGAUUCGGAGUGUGACAUUUAUGAAAGUGACUCAGAUACCGAGGAGUCGCAGGAAGGCGGGGAGCAACGCGAAAGCGGAGAUGGGCAAGAAGAGGAGAAACCGCAGAAGAAGUUGGAUGACGACGAGGACCGACGUAAUCCGCAGUACAUACCGAAACGGGGAACGUUUUACGAGCAUGAUGAUCGCACGGCCGACGAAGUAACUGAUAACAACACCGAACAGCAAACUAACGUGAAGGAAAUCAAGGAGAAGAAGGUAUGGAAGGAUAAGGACGACAGAUGGGAUCACGACCGAUACAAUGACGAAGAGCAAGCGCCAAAAAGACCCGAGGAGCUGAUAGCAACGUAUGGUUACGAUAUUAGAAAUGAGGAAGGACCACCUAGAGCCAGGAGGAGAAGAAGAUAUGGUCGUGGACCCAACAAGUAUACAAGGAAUUGGGAGGAUGAGGACGCUUAUGGAAAGGCAACGCCUGGCAGAGGAAUCAACAGACGCUUCCAUAAAAAUAACGAAGAUUUUCCCGCUCUUGGUAAUAAUAAGAAUACUUCGAACAAAGUAGAGGAGCCUGUAAUUUCGUCGGCUUGGUACAGCAGCAAGAACAAAACGCAGAACAAAACUCAAAACUUCCCGCCGCUUCAGUCAUCCCAACAGGAUAACGUGAAGACUAAGCCUGCUACUGCCUCCAAUACAUCCACAAGUGAAAAUAAAGUGCCGGAUGAAUCCACCAAUACAUCUUGGAAAAAGGACGAUAGGCACAUUACGCAAAAUCAAAACGCAAACGGAAACACCGGUUCUGGCGGUGAUGCGGAAAAGUUAGUUAAUACCAAGCCAUCGCCAAGGGAAAAUAACAAGAGGAACAUCCAAGAGUCUGUAAGCUUGGCUGCGAGUAGGACGCGCGGAAGAGGUUUCAAGUCCAAUGCUAAUAACAACAUGGUCACUAACAGAAUAGUUGAGAAUAAAUCAAAGGGACGCGGCCCGGGCCCGGUUACAGUAGAGAACCGAAGGAAUAAUUCCGCGCAGCACAACGAAGAACACCAGCUUGCUCAUGAUAUGAAACAACUUAACGUUAGCGAUGGUAAUCUAUUUCAUCAGCCGUCACGACACAACAAAGGCUUUUUCACCUCAGCCAACCAACAUAGAUCAAACACAGUACCACCUAGAAUGCAGCAGCAACAGCAAUCACAUCAGCAACAAACGCAUUCGCCACAACAAACAAUACAGCAACAGCAGCAGCAACAACAACAACAACAACAACAACAGCAGCAGCAGCAGCAGCAACAACAGGAUAGUUCUGGAAACAGACCUAAACGGUAUUCCAGUCUUCGUCAACGUCCUACCAUUUCGGAAACUCCGGCGCAACAGAAUUAUCAAGCACAACACACCCAACAUGGAUAUUUUUCGCCUCAAGCGGGAAAUUCAAGAACCGUUCUCGAAUCUCAAGGUUAUCCCCAAGGUCACUUUGAGCAGUCUUCUCCAGUUGCUCCAGCCACGGCACCCAUGACAGGGCAACCGGUUAUUUCUCUACCACCUGGUGGGCAAGCUGCCAGUUACGCGCCACCACCGUUUUUAGUACCACCGCCGCAAUUCAUACCACCUCAAACCGCACCACCUAGUAUAAUUAAUUAUGUUCCCGGUCCAAACGGCCCGACGUUUCCACCGAACUUUCAAGGCUACCAGGGAUACAAUCCUUCGGUCCAGCCUCAGGGUCCACCACCACCCCAGGAAUUAUUCCAGCCGCAGGGAUGUACUUAUUACAGUCCCGCUCAGCAGCAGCAGCAAGCUGCUCCUUUGCGGCGGCCGAAAGCGGCGAUACCUAUUCUUCCGCCGCCUGACAAUCAGCAAAGCGGUAGAGGAAGAGGUAGAAGCGCUCAGCAGUAUCAAUCCGGUGGUGGUAACGUGGAAAGUGCGAAGACUGAUCAAGACAUCAAGAGUGGUAGCGCGGAAAGUGACGAAAAGAGACCCGUGUUGGGACAGUUUGAUAGUGUACAGGUCGAACAGCCGAGCACGCCGAGUCAGGAGAAUCAACCUCCGGACGUGGUUGUCCACAUCGUCGGAACCACUGUUUCACGGAACGAUGUGGACGAGAAAGUAGAGACAAUUAGCGUGUCACCCGUUAAAAUUAGCAAUUUGGACGGCGUCAGUGAACUAUUAGAAGCUACCGAAAAGAACACGGUUUCGGUUAGUCCAACGACCAGCAACGAGACUGAAUUAGGUAAUAUUGAAUCUGCGAUUCCCGAGAGUAUAGCCGAGAAAGCCGCAGCCUGAAGAGAGCAUGAUUAUUGUUAAUCAUUUGCGCUUCCUGUACAUACACGACGCGCAGAUGAUUAAACAAUAAUUAACGUUUCCCCUCGUCGCGAUUCGCUGCGAAGUUAAAAGUGUCGCUUCGGGAAUUAUGCACCACGCGCUCGGGCGAGUUCAGCUCACUCGCAUAUCCAUAACAGAGCGAAAGAUUGCAUGCGUAACUGCAAUUACAGUAUAUUUAUUUCUUCGCUCUAUUAUGGGUAUGCGAACGCAACCCAUGACGUUUCGCCCAAGCGCGUCGUGCACAAUUCUCGAAGCGACAGUUAAACUUCACAGUAAAUCGCGACGAGGGGAGAAAGCGAAUCAUUGUUAAUUAUUUGCGCUUCGUAUACAUACACGACGCGCAAAUGAUUUACAGUGAUUAACGUUUUCUCUCGUUGCGAUUUACCACGAGGUUCAAAUGUCGCUUCGUGAAUUACACACGAACGCGCUUGGGCGAGACAUCUAGUUCGUUCGCGUACCCCGCAAUAGAGCGAAAGAAUAAAUAUACCGCAACUGCGCACGCAAUUUUUCGUUCUAUUCGAGGGGUAAGCGAGUGAACUAGAUCUUUCACCCAAGGGCGUCGUGUGUAAUUCACGAAGCGACACUUUCAACUUCGUGGUAAAUCGCAACGAGGGGAAAUGCUAUUAAUCGUUUGCGCGUCGUCUAUGUAUACGAAGCGCAAAUGAUUAAUGACGUUUUCUCUCGUCGCGAUUUACCACGAAGUUGAAAGCGUCGCUUCAUGUAUUACACACGACGCGCUUGGGCGAAACGUCUAGUUUAUUCGCGUACCCGUAAUAGAGAAAGAUUGCAUGGGUAACUGCAAUUUACAGCAUAUUUAUUCUUUCGCUCUAUUAUGGAUAUGCGAGCGAAUUAGAUGUUUCGCCAGAGCGAAACGUUUUUCGCCCAAGCGCGUCGUAUAUAAUUCACGAAGCGACACUUUCAACUUCGUAGCAAACCGCAACGAGGAGAAACGUUAAUGUUAAUCAUUUGCGCGUCGUCUGUGUAUACGAAGCGCAAAUGAUUAACAAUACGAAUAACCACUCUCUCUUUAUUGCUGAAUCCGCAGAAUAAAAUUAUUAAUCGAGCUAAUGAUGCACAUUAACAUUUUAUCUCUACUCUAACGCAUGUUCCGAAUUCAUUUCUUACGAUAUAUGCUUGUACAUGGCCUAUAAUAUAAGCAUGUACUUAACAACAGAACGGCUCUUGAUUUUCCAGCUGGGUAUUGAAUUUCCCGCUUGGUACGCACAAAUAACAUUAAUGUUUUGUAUUUUAUAUAUAUUUUUUAUAUAUUUAUUUUUUUUUUACAUUUAUAAGAAAUUUGUAUUCUCAAUAGAGUUAAAUCUUUCACAAUAAGACUAGUAGAGAAAAUUCUAAAGUUAACAAUUUAAUUUAUCAAUUAAUUUAAUAUAUAAUAUUUCUCUAACAUUAAAUAACAUUAAUGUUAUUUGUGCGUACCUAGCAGAAAAUUCAAGAGCCGUUCUCGGGGAGGAAACCGUGUUCUUUUUGCGUUAGUGAAUUUCAUUAUAUUUUAUAACACAUCGAGAGAGACCAAAAUUAUGUUCUCGAAUCCGGUAAAAGUAGCUGCCCGACAUGUACAUUGCGACAUGUAGAUCCGUUUUUUUUUUGUAAGGCCUGUUGAUCCGUCACUGCAGCCAUUUAUAUACAUUAGUUUAAAAGCAAAAGAUCACAUGUGAUCUCAAUUUUGCGAUAUUUGUGAUUUAUAUGAUUUGUUUUGUGUAUCAAAGCAAAUUAAAUCUUUGACUCGUUAAAAAUAGGUUUAUGAUGUGUUUCGUAAGCUAAGAGAACGCAUCUGUAAAAGUCAAAUUGGGAAACUAUCCGUUUCAAUAAAGUAAAAAAAAGUCAUAACUUUCUGUCUGUGUCGUUAGGAAAUUUUCAUCGAUUUUAUCGAAACUAAUUUUUCCGCGCAAUGAUAACGACAACAUGACUGCAGUGACGGAUUCGGAACUUUGCAAAGCUUUACUGAUUAUUUUUUUUAGGGGUAAAGAAAUUUUUUUCAAAGAAUCGCUACGCGCUAAUAUAAUGCUGUUAAAGUAAAGAAAAACUUAUUGGAACUAUAAUUCGUAUACAUUUCAUUGAGUAACGUAAGUGUGCAUUGCAUCUCUUUGUACGUGUAAAAACAAUUUUUUUUAUAUAUAUAUCUCAAUGGGAAUAACAUUUAACGGAUGUUUGUUCUUUCCUUGUCUUGUUUUCUUGACGCAUUUCUGCAUUCUUUUCUCGUCUCCCCAGCUUUGUUUAAAGAGAAGAGAGACUAACUUCUUCGCGUCUUAGUCUUAUGUUACAGAACAGAGAAAGCAACAGGAUUUAAUGUUUAUUUAGUUUUCUCUUCCAUAUUCUGAUGGAUAUAUCCUCUUUUGUUGUAUUUUAUUUACAUGUUUUAACUGACCGUUUUUGCAAGUUCCAUUGAGAUACUAAUUGGUCGUGUUGUUACGAAGUGCACAGAGUACUUUUCUUUUUUUUUUCUCUUUUGCGUUAAGCUGUGCAUCUAAAGUUUAAUUCAAAUAUACUUAGCAGUAUUUAAUCAAUGAAGUAAGAAUAAUUUUUUGUGAACACAUUUUUAAAAAAAGCGGCGAGAAUGCAUUGAGAACGAAACGAUCAAUUUUGUUUUCAACUCGCCAUGAUUAUUGGGAUUACAAUUACGGCAAAGUUAUGCAAUGCCUGAAACAAAAUUCUACGAAACCAAAACAAAAGAAAAGAGAAGGAUGGAAACUAUCGAGGAAUAGGGGAUUUAUGCACGGUGAACAGCAUUAUCUUCCGCGAGGUAAAAAGAUGUAAAUUUAAUUGGAAACGAAGCGAUAGAGAGAGAACGCGUCAUUCGCUGUAGCAUAUUGUACAGUUUAUAUAAAAAUUUAGUACACUAAAAUUAAUUAGUGAUAACUUUGUAUAAUAACUUUAAGCUUUAAACGUUAGGUUUACGUACUUUACUAAGCUUUGUAGAUAUAUUUUUCAAACUUUGUAGAUAUAUUUUUUGCAAGUGGCAAAGAUGCAAAAAAUUCGGAUUAAUUGGA